AUGAGAGCGGAAGCACAGGUGCCGUCCCCAACACCACAGCCCCCUGAGCCUGGGCCAGAGGGGAGCCAUGGGCAGGCCCCCGCCCUGGCCCUGCUCUUGGCACUGCUGACACUCUGCAUCACUGCUGGGACACCUGAGGUGUGGGUGCAAGUUCAGAAGGAGGCCACCAAGUCCCUGUCCUUCACUCUUCGCUGUGGAUUCCUGGGAUCUGGCACUGUCUCUUUGGUGACUGUGAGCUGCGGGGGGCCUGAUGGUGCUGGAGGGACCAAGCUGGCUGUAUUGCACCCAGAAUUCGGCACUCAGCAGUGGCCUCCUGCCCACCGGGCCCACUGGGAAACCAGAACCAGCAUCUCCCUCACCCUGGAAGGGUCUGAGGAGAGAAGCCUUGGUCCCAACACCACCUUCUGCUGCAAGUUUACUUCCUUCCCUGAGGGCUCCCAGGAGGCCUGUGAAAACCUCCUCCUUGUCACAGACCAAGGGUUCCCUGCCCCUACUUCAGCCUCUAUUCUACGGGCUGACCUGGCUGGGAUUUGGGGAAUCUCAGGGGUCCUCCUCUUUGGCUGUGUCUACCUUCUCCACCUGCUACAUCGGCAGAGGCACUGGUCUGUCACAAAGCUUCAGCCACCCCUCAGCAACCCCCUGACACAGACACAAGCAACGGCAGCCAGCCAAGCCUCCCUGGCCUCUCCCCACAUCCCCUAUGCCAUCGUCUCCACCAACCACCUCUGCCGGGCAGCUAUGGACACGGUCCUUCCACCCCAGCCAUUGUCCAGGAGGGAGCCGAUCCCCAACCACACAGCACAGCAUCCUGCCCCUUGGGCACCUCUGCCAGCCUCUGCUCGCAACAGUUUCAUCUCCGUUGAGAAUGGACUCUAUGUUCAGGCAGGAGAGAGGCCUCCCCACAUCUGCUCCAACCUCAUCCCUUUCCCUGACCCUCUGGGGCCCAGAGCCAUGGAGGGGCGUUUAGGAAUUUAAUGAGAGGGGGCCCCAAGUCCACUUGACCUUACUCCCUUCCCAGGCCUCUGGGGCCCCCUUCCAUCGGUGUCUGCGCGUCUUCUCAAGCCUCUAAUAAGCCCACACACACCCAGCCAGGGCCCACUGCUGCGGAUGUGGCCAGCGUGUGUGCUUGUGUGGGCACGCGUGUGUAUGAGGUGACAAAACCCACCCAGGUUGUUUCCUGCUCUC